UCAAGGUAGUAAAACACCAGCCUCUGCUUCUGGCUUCAUAUCUGCACUAAUUUAGAAGGAAAAACAUGUAACUGGGACCGAAGACGGUAGUGCUGUCUGGUGGCUUGUGUGGAGGAUCAGCUUGUCAGAAGCGAAGCUGUUACUGUUUCCGUCUUGUUUUUUUUGGAUGUGAAUUCGGCAGCUAAGCUAGCUCUGAGGUUAGCUCAUCCUCAACUGGCUCGUCAACUGUCUGCAGGACUGACCUGAGAUAAUCAGCCGCUGUUUGACUUCAAAUUAACAUCUCCCACUGCUAGACCUGUGAUAAUCGUCAGACUAAAAAUGGGAAUUCUGGGCAGCAGGUUUCAGUCCCCCUCUCAGGGACCAGAGGAGGCUGUAGAGGUCACGGGUGCCGGUCGCAAACAUGGAUGUGAGUGUAAGAAAAGGAAACGAAAUGCCCAGUGUGACUGCGAAAGUGAGCAAGAGGAGGACGAUGCCAUAUUAGAUACACCUCGCAGGCAAAAAUUGAAAAGCACAUCACGAUACAUUUAUCAAACCUUGUUCUUGAAUGGGGAAAACAGCGACAUUCGUAUAUGUGCCCUGGGACAGGAGUGGAACCUCCACAAAGUAUACCUGUGCCAGUCAGGGUAUUUCUCCAGCAUGUUCAGUGGAUCUUGGAAGGAGUCCAACAUGAUGGAAAUCAGUUUGGAGAUCCCAGACCAGAACAUCGACACUGAAGCCCUACAGGUCGUAUUUGGAUCUUUGUACCGGGACGAUGUUCUGAUCAAGCCCAGCAGGGUCGUCAGUAUACUUGCCGCUGCUUGUAUGCUACAGCUGGAUGGCUUGAUCCAGCAGUGCGGAGAGACGAUGAAGGAAAACAUCAGUGUGAAGACUGUGUGCGGUUACUAUGCUUGUGCUAGUAUCUACGGCUUGGAUUCAGUCAUGAAAAAGUGUCUUGAGUGGCUUCUCAACAACCUGAUGACACACCAAAAUGUUGACUUAAUGAAAGAACUCGGGGCAGACGUGAUGGAGCAGCUCAUCCAGUCUUCGGACCUGUUUGUCAUGCAGGUGGAGAUGGAUGUGUACACCGCUCUGAAGAAGUGGAUGUUUCUGCAGCUCAAUCCAUCAUGGGACGGACCCAUCAAACAGCUUCUGGCUGAUGCUGAUGCCUGGCUUUGCAAACGCAGGACAGAUCUGUGUGAGAAAGAGCCCUUCUUGAACACGGAGGAGGGGGAACCUUUUUGUUCAGUGUUCAAACACGUCCGUCUGCAGUAUAUCAUCAACGACCUCGCCUCUGCACGCAUCCUGGAGAGAGACAACAUUUUGCCCCCCGAUUGGUUAAUGGCAGUGUACAAAAACCAGUGGUUUGCUAUGCUGCGGACAGAAUUUGACAAUGAUAACGGUCCCCAGGAAGCUAACAAAGAGGAGUUCGAGUUGAGCAGCAUGAGGUGCGGCAGAAAGCUGACAAAAGAUGGAGAUUACUGCUGGCGGUGGACAGGCUUUAACUUUGGUUUUGACCUGCUGGUGACAUACACAAACCGAUUCAUACUGUUCAAAAGGAAUACUCUGAGUCAGCCAUGUGGGGGUGCUGUGAGUCUUCAACCUCGGAGACAUCUGGCAUACAGGUUACGUCUCGCCUCCUUUGAUGCUCGUGGAAAGCCGGUCUGCAGUCGCUCGACAGGUUACCAGCUUCUCACCCUGGAGAAAGACCAGGAGUAUGUAGUGAUGAACCUGGACAGCCGGUUGUUGACAUUCCCCCUCUACGUGUGCUGCAACUUCCUUUACACGUCGUCGCAGUCGGACCACCGGCCAGACUCCCCAGAAACGGAGAGCAGCACCCGCAGCGUGUCUUGAUGCCUGUUCGACAGCCAGUAACUGCUGCCAUUCCUCUUGGUAAUGCUGAGACACUGACACAAACUUUGUCUGUACAAUCCACUGCCACAUUUAACACCACUUUGACAUUGGACAUAUCGUCUGCAUGCUCUGUAACUCAGUGAGGUGUUACGGAAAAAUGUUUUGUAUCUAUGUAUUCAGUGUUUGGGCACAUUCUGAGUUGGCUACAUAUAAAUGGGCCAGGUGGUAUUAGGUCGGCCCUUUGCCUUCACAGCCGCUUCAGUCCUCAUUGGAUCUCUGUUAUCAACGGUUUGCACUGGGAUGAUGGACCCUUCCUCAAGAUGGACAACUGUCAAUUCUUUAAAGACGAUGGAAAUCUGUUAUGGACUUCAGAACUUUAUAUAAAGGCAUUAAAAUCGGGUGAUUGAAGGCGAGGAAAGGUGUGACUUUACACUUAUGUUAAUGAAACCACUCUGGAAUUGGUUCAUCAGUGUGUACAGUAAACCUGGGCCUUAAAAACAGUCUCAUCAUCAAGAAGCUGGCGUCAGACCCUGUCACACCUCCAUGACCUCGACCGGAUUACAGAUGCAGUCAUGGCAACAGAAAUGGUGGAUUGAUAUCACCCUUGGAUUUUUCCUCCCAAUGUAAACCCACAUAUGACGAUGAUAGACACCUCAACAAACAUCUUAAUCUCAAUUCCUCCAUCGCUCCGUGGACCAUCUCAGAAAAUAGAAAUGACCUCUGCAUCAGAAUAAUAGUCUGGCAGAAAAAUUUUACAUGAUGUCUGUUGUUCUUCCGUUUGCUGUUGGGUCGGGUCAGAGGUGGGGCUGGCUGCUCUGAUACUGGGUGUGCUCCAAAACUUGAUUGGUCGCAGUGCUGGUUUGAGCCGGGAGGGCGGGGUUCCCACUUCUUUUUCUGAUUGGCAAACAAAACGGCACAUUGUGUUUGUGCUGACUUGAAUGUAGUGCUGUAGUAGAGUUGACUGAAUGAUUCUUAGUUUUGAUCUAGGUUUGAAUUUGAUUUAUGUGAAAUAUGUUAUUACUAUAUACAUUAUUAUUAUUCUCUAUGCUGCAAGUAAAUGUGACUUUUUUUUUUUGCUUGCCGCAUGACUGUAAGGUAACUUACAGUGUUUGCCAACACAAAUAACAUGUAAAAAGAUUCAAGUUCACCACAGCAUCUGCACCACCUGCUGCUGUGUGAUUAUCAGCUCAUAGAGAUUUGAAAUCCUACCUGCCAACAUGCCCACAGUUGCUGCUAACGAUGCUAAUAAGUGGCAGGCCAGCACGAUCGAAUGGAGCGCAGCUGAAGAACGCACCCAACAGGAAUGUUUAAAUUGUGAAAAACCAAUUGAAAGAUGGCAGUAAAAACUGAUUUUUCCACUUUCAUUUCAUCACUCUUUAACCCUUUGGUUGCCCAGUCUCAACAAUGCUAACACAUAUUCUACACCACUGCAGCUUCUGUCCAUCUCCUCAUAAGUAAAAUAAAACAAUAAGUAAAAAAAGCAUCAGCACGUUCAAAAUAUCCCUAGUAUCAUGUAUUCCUUUAACUUUUUUAAAAUGACAUUUGCUGCAAAAUGUAAAUAUUUAUAAAAAUGUGAUGUGAACAAAAACUUUGACAUGAAUGAGACUAAGUAACUGCACAGCCCGGUGGUGUGACCACAUGAGCUAAGCCCAAAUACUGGUAACCAUGGUGAUGUGACAUCCUCUCAGUGAUCCAGCAUUGUGUGGCAGAAAAAAGCCAAACUUAACCCUGUAGUGUUGCUUCAUUCAACGUGAGGCUCCGGGAUUCUUUGUGCAUCAGCCUAAUUUACAGUUUACAGUCCAGUUAUUAUCACCAGCUUUUCACAGAAAUGUUGAAACAUGUCAGGUUUUGAGACCUCCUGAGGUGUUAACCAGCUACACUGUUAAAUAUUGUUUAUUUUUGUCCUGUUUUUCAGUUCAGUUGCUUCCUGUUUAGACAGUUAUUAAUCUGCGCUCAUCACCAAAUGAAUCACCUGUGCAGUUUUGUUGUUGUACACAUUUCUACUAUUAAUUUCAUUCUUAUUUGUCUUGAAAUCUGUUGUUACCUCAUCUUGUGACACAAACUGAUGAAUGUGGGGAUUGUCAGACCUGUAAAGCUGACAUGUACUAAGUCAUUCAUACGUUUAUAGUUAAAGGUGUUUUUAUUUGGCAUUUAUUUAUUUUUUACUUCAUUUGUAUGGAUUUAUUUUUGCAAAAUAAAUGUGUAUUCAAUUCUCAACUGCCAAUAAAACUGCCCAUCCACAUGGGCUGUGGUGCUAUCA